UUUGCCUCAUGAAGAUGCAGGAGACAUAAUUCAACUACUUCACUCUGAUUUCACACAAAUGUCAAUGCCACCGUGUAUUGCCAACCAGUGUGAUCGUUCUCCUCACACGCGCUUCUCUCUACAUCAUUUUUUAAUAAUAUUUCUGCCAAAUCAAUGUUGUUUGACUCAAGUACAGCAUUGCAGAAUAUAUUUCUUCACUACAAUUACUAGUUUCAAUCAUGAAGACUAAUUUUCUUUCUCUUUUACUUCCCGUUCUCUUAUAUUUCGGUUUGAAUCCAUGCCAUGCACAGAUCACAGCAGCCAAGUGCAUUGACACCGAGAGAUCAGCACUUGUUGCUUUCAAAGAUGGUGUCCAAGAUCCAUCUGGUCGGCUAUCUUCUUGGGUCGGUGAUGAUUGCUGCAGCUGGAAAGGUGUUGGGUGUAAUAAUCAAACAGGACAUAUUGUCAAGCUUGAUGUUCGAAACCCGUUUCAGUUUAGAACACUUGAUGUUUAUUCUUUGACAGAAUCUGAAGUUACUGAAUAUAGUAGCUUAUGUCUAACUGGUGAGUUGAGUUCGUCCUUGGUACGUUUGAAGUAUCUGAAUUACUUGGAUUUGAGUUUGAACAACUUUGAAGGAGUACAAAUCCCUGACUUUCUUGGUUCUUUCAAGAAUUUGAGGUAUUUGAAUCUAUCUUAUGCUUCAUUUUCUGGGUUAGUUCCUACUGUUCUAGGGAACUUGUCAAAUUUGCAGUAUCUUGAUCUUAAUGGAUAUUCAUAUAACGUUUCUGUUGCUUCUGGGCUGUAUAUUGAAGACCUAGAAUGGGUUUCUAAGCUAUCAUUUUUGAAGCAUCUUGACUUAGAUUUUAUACAAAUUGAUAGCACAGAUGGGGCUUGGUUAAAUGCAGUUAAUAUGAUGCCUUAUUUGUUGGAAUUGCAUUUACAUGAGUGUCAAUUAAGUGAUAUGUUUGUCUCUCUUCCUUUUGUUAAUUUCACUUCACUUUCUGUUCUUGAUGUUUCUAAAAAUUCCUUCAACUCUUCGAUACCGACAUGGCUGUUUAAUCUUACUAACCUUACUAAGCUUGAUUUGAGCUCGAAUUCUUUCGGUGGUUCUUUUCCUAUUGAGUUUGGUGAUUUGACAGCUCUUGAAGAGCUUAAUUUGGAGCUGAAUGUUAUAGGAGGCCACUUGCCAAGCUCACUAGGGAAGCUUUGUAAACUGAAGAACCUAAAACUUGGAGGAAAUAAUCUCAGUGGAGAGAUUACUCAACUGAUGGAUAGUUUUAAUGAUUGCCCUUCUGCUAGUUUGGUUUCAUUUAGUGUAAAUUCUAAUGAAUUUAGUGGGGAGUUGCCUGCUUCUCUUGGGAAUCUAAGGAACCUGCAAUAUCUUGAUCUUGCCUAUAACUCUUUUUGGGGUUCAAUUCCUUCAUCAUUCGGAAACUUGUCAUCAUUGCAAGUCCUUUACCUUCACAUAAAUAAGAUGAAUGGAAGCAUCCCUGAGAGCUUCGGCCAGCUCUCUUUGCUUGUCGAUUUGAAUCUUAUGACCAAUCCAUGGGAAGGUGUUAUCACCGAAAUUCAUCUGAUGAAUCUGAGCAGUCUACAGACUUUGAUGCUUACGACGAACCCAGGUAAGUCUUUAGUGCUAAAUGUGAGUUAUGAUUGGGUUCCUCCGUUCAGGCUGAAGCAUAUUGAGCUCAAAAAUUGCAAAGUUGGCCCGAGCUUUCCCAUGUGGCUACAAGUUCAGAGCGAACUUGAUAUUGCGGUACUCAAUAAUGUUGGAAUCUCUGACAUUAUACCUGAAGAAUGGUUUUCCAAGUUAGCUUCUCAACUAGUUCUUUUGGAUCUCUCUAAGAACUACAUCAAGGGGAAGCUUCCAAUCGAAUUGGAAUUCCCCAAAUUGGAUCUGUUGGACUUAAGUUCUAAUGGAUUUGAAGGCCUUCUUCCGCGCUGGUCAACGAAUGUAACACAGCUGUAUCUCCACAACAAUUCAUUUUCAGGGACUCUCCCUGAAAGUAUUGGUGAACUAAUGCCGAGACUGCGUAAUUUGCAUGCCUCUGACAAUCGUCUGAAUGGUUCGAUUCCGUCAUCCAUUUGUAAGUUGGUGGAUUUGCAAGUUCUUUCCUUAAGGAACAAUGACCUUCAUGGAGAACUUAUUGAUUGUUGGGAAACUAUGCAAUCUUUGUGGGUUGUGGAUGUGUCAAACAACAAUCUGUCGGGAAGCAUCCCCGGCUCACUUGGUUACUUACGAUCGCUUGGAAUGUUGUUACUGAGCAAGAACAAUCUAGUUGGGGAAAUUCCAUAUUCGUUGAAAAAUUGUUCGGCGUUAUCAACAAUUGACUUCGGAGGGAACAGACUUUCAGGAGAAAUUCCUUCAUGGCUGGGAGUAAAUGUACAAUCCAUUUUCAUGCUUCGCCUUCGAUCAAACUUGCUGAGUGGACAGAUACCGCGACAGAUUUGCAAUCUUCGGUAUCUUCAUUUCUUAGACCUUGCCAGAAACAAAUUUUCCGGGGUUAUUCCAAGCUGUUUUGAUAAUUUGACUGCUCUAGUAUACGGAAACAGCAGUGAGCAAUACUAUCACCGCUUUCAGUACCGGUUGGCCUACUUCAUGGAGCAAACCAUAGUCGUGACAAAAGGAAGAGAGUACGAAUUUAACCGGAACAUCGGGUUACUGAACGCCAUUGAUCUUUCAGAAAACAAUCUAGAAGGUGAAAUUCCUGAUGAAAUAACAAGUCUUAAAGCACUGCGAGUCUUGAAUUUAUCACGGAAUCAUUUAAGCGGAAGCAUUCCGGAGAAGAUAGGAAAUCUGAGACUUUUGGACACAUUUGAUCUGUCAGACAACAAUCUUUCAGGGACUAUUCCUCAAAGCUUGUCUUCAUUAACAUUUGUAAGUCACUUAGAUUUCUCAUAUAACAACUUAUCAGGAAAGAUUCCUACAGGAAAUCAGCUGCAAACACUGAAUGCUUCAGCCAUUUAUGAGGGCAAUCCGUUUGUAUGUGGAUUUCCAUUACAAGUCAAGUGUCCCGGAGAAGAGAUAGACAACCUCGAACCUCCUCGAACGGACGAUGAAAAAGAAAAUGAUUCCAUGUUUCCUGAGUUGUACUAUAGCAUUGGAAUUGGGUUUGUUGCAGGGUUUUGUGGUGUAGUUAGUGUAUUUUAUGUGAGGAACAAAAAAAGUGCAGGAGCAGGACAAUCAACAAACUCAGAUUCUUGGUGAUUUAGGACAUGUCAUGUCCUAUUUUGCCAUUCAAAUAAUAGCAACGCCAUAUUAUUUAUAAUUAUUUGUUUCAAAAGAAAUAAGAAUGUAGAACAUAAUUAAA